CCGACUCGAGGGGGGGGACGGGGCAGCGCGCGCCUCUCGGCGCGGCCCCCGCUGCCGGCCCGGCAGCACGGGCGCGAUGCAGCAGCCCGAGGUUCGGCCUCAGGCGCUCAAGCGCGGCGGCGCCAAGGGCCAGGUCCGCGCCUCCCUGGGCCCGCCGGAAGAGCGCGCCGUGGGGGCGGCGCCGGAGGCGCCGCCAGGGGAGUCCGGCGCUGGGCUCCACUGCUGGCUGAUAGCCAACAACCUGACGACGCUAGAGCUCUUCGAGAACAGGUGGCGCUCUGGGACACCCGGAAGCGGUCGCUGGACCGGCCUCUGAGCGGAUCUGCGU